AUGACGUCUAACGUCCCCGACAAACUGAAGACCGCCGACAUCACCCGCUUUGCGGUGCGGGCAGCUCAGCUCGAGAAGGUCAAACCAGUAGUCGCAUAUUGGUGCGAAUACUACAUUGUCCAGCAAAUCCUCAGUAAAGGCCUCCACCAAGCGGACCAAGAAUGCCUGCAAUACACCACCGCUCUGAUGGACAAGCUCGAGCAGACCAAGACCGAACUCGCCUCCGAAGAUGCAAUAAUGGACGAGAUUGCGGCGCAAGCAUAUUGCGAGCAGUUUGCGUUGGACACAUUCCAACGGGCGGAUAAUGUUGUGCGAGCGAACAAGGCAACAGUUCACACUGCCGACAUAUUUCGUGCUGCUGCUACAUUCCUAGAUAUGCUGGCCAACUGGGGUGCUCCUACGCAAGAAAUCAUGUCAAAGUCGAAAUACGCGAAAUACCACGCAAUACGCAUUGUGAAAGCUCUCAAAGCAGGCGAAGAUCCCAACCUUUCGAAUCCAGUGCGCGAAUCUACGCCAGCAGUCUCGCCAGUCGCUUUAGACCCCAACGACCCAGAUGUUCAGCGAAUAAAUGGGUUGCACCAGCCAUACGUUGAAUCCGCACCAGAUACCUCCGCCCAUCCAUCCCCAGCAUUAUCAGCGUCGAGAAUAUCACCGCCUCCUCCUACACUACCUUCCGCCCCCUCUAGCUACUCGCAACGAGCGCCCUCGCCGCGGCAGUACAUGCCGCAUCGCGAUGUGUCUCCCAUAUCAGCUCCGUCAACAUCCCGCCAAGGCUCCGUCUCAUCUAUUGGAGGCGGCUACUUCCCACGCGUCAACGACGUACCAACCUUCACUGCAGACAACGCGGCACCUAGCUUACCUACAGCACCAUCGAACGAGGACGAAACUAUGACAUCACCCUACGAGAGUUCCGCACCGGCAGGCGACCCGCAAGCGUUCUACCAGAAUCAGAGCAGAGACGUUGAUCAGAACAAGCUUGCCUUCCCAGAACCGCAGCCACAGAUUCCUACGCAACAACCCCAGCAGAAUGUUUUCCAGCAGCAGCAGCAUUACCCACCGCCUCAACAACACCAACCUCCCCAGCAACCUCAGUUUCAACCUCAGCAGCCGCAAGUCUUCAACCAACAACAGACACCCGUACCAGCUCAGCAGAGCGCACCAUACCAGCAACAGCAGGCAUAUCCAAACGGAGGAGCCUAUAAUACAGAUGAAGAGGCGAUCAUCGCAGCGCAGAAACAUGCUAAGUGGGCGGUCUCCGCGCUGAAUUUCGAGGACGUAGACACAGCAGUGAAGGAGCUGAGGAUAGCGUUAAGGGCUCUUGGUGCUAGCUGA